CUAACUGCCUUAAUCCUUUGGAGAGUUGUAAUUUUACAACUGUAGGUACAUCACCCUAGGCCUGGUUCUUUGGCUUUUAAUACCUGUUAAAACCAACUGCAACACUCUCUUGGCUCCGUGUCUUGGCAACGACCGGACUAGGUCAAAUGGCGCUGCAUUCGUUGUGUCAAUUUAAAGGGGCUGGGAGGGUAGCUCGCUGUGGUCUUGUUGAGGCUCGGCCAGCAGUUGCCUUUCAUGCACACGUCCUUCGGCCACGAGACAGGGCCAGGCCAUUUAAGCCUCACAUAUCCGAAGCUUGCACCUGCAGAAGCUAUGCUGGAUCCGGCGCCAGCAGCUCCACCUCCGGCUCUCCUCGUCGCGAGGCCCAGCUGGAGUCCCUCCGUGGGGAGCUGCGGGCGCUAGAGGAGGAGCGGGACACCGCUGUGCGGACGGCCGAGUCCUGCGCCCGGACCUGUGUUCGGCUGGCCGAUAUGACGCAGCUGCUGGAGGACCUGGCCCUAGAGAAGGUGAAGGCGGGCGACGAGGCGGGGGCCAAGCUGGUACUGCAGGAGAAAGCUGCUCUGCGGGAGAUCAUCGAGGGCAGCAACAGCAAGGCGCAAACCAACUUUGCACUGGCGGGCAAGCUCGCGGCCCUCAUCGGCUCCAAGCACUCCCAGCUACUGGAACUCAUGGCGGUAGGGGGACAGACACCGGGGGCGGGCGCGGGGGCGGGGGCGGGCACUGCCACUAGCAGCAGCAGCAGCAGCAGCAGCAGCAGUUGGGCAGCUGGACCGUCAUACCCCACAAAUGGUGCUGGUGGCGCUGGCGGUGGCGGCAGCAGCUGGCCGCAGCCGCCCACCACCUCCACCUCCACCUCCACCACCUUCUCUUCCCCCGGGCAACAGCAGUUGCCGUGGGAGAGGUCGCUGCGAGAUGCGCAGGAGCGAGUACGGCAGGCUGAGUCGGAGGCUGCCCAGCUGGGCCGGCUGGCGGCGCUGAGUGCGGAGGAUGGAAUUGCGGCGGCACGGGAGCGACUGAGGCAGCGGAG